UCUAACAAACUAUCGUCACGAAGUUCAGUAUCGCGCGUACACUGGACUCGCGAUUACUUACAACGAAAAAAAUAAAUUAAACGUUUACUUGUCAAGUUUCAUAUUAUUUUUUCACAUUAGUUAGGGUUUUUAUUUUUUUAUAAAAUUUGUUAUUAUUUAGUUUUUUCAAUAAUAAGUAAAUAAUGGCGAAUGUAAGACAGACUCCGCUUACAUGUAGUGGACAUACAAGACCCGUUGUGCAUUUAGCGUUUUCCGACGUCACAGAAUCCGGAUAUUAUGUUAUUUCAGCGUGUAAAGAUGGCAAGCCGAUGUUAAGACAAGGCGAUACUGGAGAUUGGAUCGGUACUUUCGAGGGUCACAAGGGGGCAGUUUGGGGUGUAGCAUUAAACCCUCAGGCCACCCGAGCAGCAACUGGAGCUGCAGACUUUAAUGCAAAAGUUUGGGACGCAAUAAAGGGUGAAGAGAUUCAGUCUUUUCAACAUAAUCACAUUGUAAAGUCUGUUAACUUUAGUUCCGACUCAAAUUAUCUUUGCACUGCCUCCAACGAGAAACUCGUUCGCAUUUAUGAUCUUAAUAAACCAGAAGCAGCACCUCAGGUGUUUUCAGGUCAUACGAGUGGUAUUAGGCAUGUUACCUUUUUUAACAAUGAUACGAAUUUAGUUUCCUGUGCGGAUGAUAAGACGCUAAGAGUCUGGGACAAAAAUAGCGGUCAAGAAAUUAAACGAUUGGAUUUUCCUGCUAUACCCAGUUCGAUGGAAGUUUCCAAAGAUGGAAAGAUAUUCACUACGACUCAUGCCAAUAUUGUUUCGUUUUGGGAUAGCAAAGAACUGACCAAGAUACGCGAUUAUACUGUCCCAACACAAGUAAAUAGCGCGAGUUUACAUCCUGAUUGCACUAUCUUUGUUUGUGGUGGUGAAGAUCUCAAGAUGUAUAAAUUUGAUUAUACAUCUGGCACUGAAAUUGAAUCAUUUAAAGGACACUUUGGUCCAGUGCAUUGCGUGAGAUUUUCUCCUGAUGGUGAAUUGUAUGCAAGUGGCUCUGAAGAUGGUACAUUGAGACUGUGGCAGACGACAGUGGGUAAAACUUACGGUCUGUGGCGAUGCAUCGAACAACCAAUUUUGCAAGAAAACAAUUCUGUUAUGAAUAAUAAACACGAGGUUCCUGCCAACUAAGUCAAAAAUCGAUAAUUAUUAUUGCCUCUGAUGUGAUCAAGGCCUUUUUCACUGCGUAUUGUCUUCAUAAUGGAAGAGGAGUCUUAGAACUAAGUCAGGGAAUAUAGAUUUUGUACAAUCUACUUGUGCCGAAAUCCUUUGUACAUAUUAUAAUAGACUUUUAGACAAAUGCUCCAA